ACAUGGGCGUAGUACAUAUCAUGUACAUGACUACAUGUCGCUACUCACUUUCUCUAUAGAGUUAAUUAUCAUCAAGAUAAUAUUUAUCUUCUCUUGUUUGCUACUCUAUUGAUAUACACGACCGAAUAUUAUAGACUUGCAAGCCUGGUUUCCCAACAGAUAUAUUUCGGAGUGACGCUUUGAACUUCUUGACGAAAUGCAGAUCAACAAUGUGAUUUUGCCAUGUCAGAGCUCCGCCACAGACAUGGACAUAUGGGAUAUCGACGUCGAAGAUGGCAAGGUUUCUCAAAUACGUCCCUCCAAUGGUGUAGUCGGCAAACCUCCUAAACUCCUGCUGCCAGCCCUCUGCCACCCACAUAUACACCUCGACAAACCGUUUAUCCUUACUUGCGGACACCCAUCUUCAAAAACUCGGCCUGAUUAUUCCGAUCUUGUUCCCCGGACUGGCUCUUUCGAUGAGGCUCUGUCAAAUACCUCCAAGGCCAAAGAGCGCUAUACUGAAGAGGACCUUUACCUCCGAGGUUCUCAGCUUCUGGCGACAAGCUACGAACAGGGCGUAACCUCCCUCCGUGCUUUUGUAGAAGUAGACCAUGUCACCGGAGCAUUGCCUCUAAUGAUCGCGAUCCGUCUCAAGUCCGACUUCUCCCACUUGCUAGAUAUGCAGAUAUGCGCAUUUGCCCAGGAUCCUAUCUUCUCCACCAUCCACGGAGAAUCCAACCGGUCCAUCAUUACCUCCCUCUUGGGAGAGUACGCUCCAUAUGUUGAGGUUUUAGGGACUACCCCCUACGUCGAGGAGUCACGAGAAGCAUCAUUGCAGAAUAUCGAGUGGGCCAUCGCUACCGCCCUCCGCCAUGAUCUCCACCUAGAUUUCCAUUUGGACUACAACCUAGCCCUGCCUUCCCCUUCCAACGCGCCCUUGACAUUUUCAGUCCUUGAGCUCCUUAAGAAGCAUAGAUGGCUCGAAAUCGCCAAGGGCUCCAAGACCAUAGUCCUUGGGCACUGUACACAACUCACUGUCCUCUGCAACUCGGACCUUCAGCAUCUCGCCGAACUUGUCAUCCAAUCUGGGCUUCCAAUCCAUUUUGUUGGCCUACCUAACAGUGACAUGUUCAUGAUGGGCCGCCCCAGUUCAGCAGCAGACACGAUGCAAGCUCGCCCGCGUGGAACAUUGCACGUUCUUUCCAUGAUUAAGGACCUUGGCCUAUCCGCGUGUAUCGGCGUAAAUAAUGUUGGAAAUGCCUUUACCCCUUUUGGUUCCGGCGACCCUUUACAAGCUGCCUCAUGGGGGGUUGGAAUCUACCAAGCUGGAACUGUAGCCGAUGCGUUGAUCCUAUACGGCUGUGUAAGUUGGCUAGCUAGGAGAGCCAUCGGUCUCGAAGGGAGCACUGAGGAUAACGAUGUUAUCGAAAGUCGAUCUUUACAGGGCAUGCUCUUAAUAAGAAACAAAGAGCAUAUCACACUGCCUAGCGCCACCCAUGGUCCCGAAUUAAAGAUACCGGCAAGAAAACGGAUGAACAUCAGGGACAUCAUUUGGGAUCCGCCCGAGAUCAUGAUGAGAUCCAUCAUAGGGCGAAGAAAACUUGAGCUCGACAGCGAUGCUUAGAGACCAUAUGGCUCUUCUAGCUAACUGGCCAAUUAGUUUCUAAGGACAUGUUGAGAAAGAGGUAAUCGCCAUUGCCCUUACAUCACAGAGCAAGGUGAAUCCGAGUAAUCAGGCCCAAAUAUCUCCCUAUUCCUUUCGCGCUCGUUUGCCCGGAUCUUUUCUUUAACUUCCUUUGGGAAAUAUUCGCGAAGAAAUGCCGCACGCGCACUAUCGAAGUUUUCCAAACCGGCUCUCAUGAUCACAUCAGCUCGGCAAAGGGGACAGAACCUUUCUCCUUUU